AGUAUGGAAAAGAGCGAAGUGAUUCAUAAUAUUACACAAGAUGUAUAUCAGAGAGUUGUUGAUUUGGGGCCUCAACUUCGCGAGUUCACGUCCUUCGCUAAGCAGUAUCACAAAGCUUUGCUAGGUGCGUCUGUUGCGGCUAAUAUUUUCUACCAAGGAUUUGCUAAGAUAGCGCAUUUGGCAUCGGAAACGAAAGGAUCCAACAAAAUGUUGGGCAAAGCCAUCUGUGAUAUUAUCGCGGUGCACAAGCAAAUCGAAAGCCAAACCAACAAUGUUUUGAAAGCUUUCGCUCAAGACUUCAUUGUGCCUUUGGAAAAUUGGAUCGAGAACAGCAUCGUUCAAACUAAAAGCCAGACAGAAAACUUAUAUUCAAGAAAGCAAAAUUCUUUAGAGCUGGUCGAGAAGUCCAAAUCUGAGCUGACAAAGUGCGGAAAAAAGUCAGCGAAGCAAAACAAGCGAAAAUACGACGGGAAAGAAAAACAGAUAUUGGCAGCCUUCGAACAACACCAAGGAAAAUUAGAUCAUUUGAGAGUAUCUGGCUGUCACGAGGCGAUGAAUGCACAGAGAAACGUCUUCUCUUUCAUAAUUGAGAAAAUGUUGUGUGUAUCAAAAAUGGAUUUGGCUCACCACGAAAAGGCCUCCAGUCUUUUGAUUGCCCGUUUGCCAGUCUGGGAUCAUUUGACAAAACAACCACUAUCGCUCGAUGUUAACGUUAUUUCUCUAGUAAAGCAACUGACGGAGUGCAAAAAAUUUGAUAAAAGUUUGGACGACUACCUUUCCUCAUCUGGUUAUUCAGUUGAUAUGCAUAAAGCACCAAGUCCACCUCCGAUUGAUCCCGAUCGAAUCCGAAACAAGAGGUUUUCGCAGCAGUUGAGUGUUACUCCAAUCACGAAUGGGCAUUUGAAGGACAAGGAAAGAGAACAGGUUUCAACUCUUUACAUAUUGAGAGACAGUCUGGAUGGUUCCCAUCGCGUUUACGAAAAAUUCACCGGAAGUGUUGCCUUCAGUGUCAGUCCCACGCAUUCAUUACCUGCCCUAGUUCCAGUUCAUUCGCGUCCUUCAGUGUUGCCCGAAUCCCAUGACUACCCUUCCAAUUCCGAUAGCCCGGAUGGACUGGUAAUUCCCGAGAGAGAUUAUGGAAUACCACAAGCGGAACUCAACGGAAGAGGUAACAAUAAUCGUAUUUCAUUGUAA